AGUAAACAUAUUUUCCCAUUCCUCUUUAACUCAUAGGCAUUGAUUUUCUUCGCUAGUCUCAUGUCGGCAAGCGGAGCCUUGAAUUCAGAAGAUGUAAUGGGAGAUUUUUCCUACCACUGCGUGCUCUAUGACAUACCCUUUGACUUAGCAGUCUCACUAAUAGCAGAGCACGUCAUACCAUCAGCAGAAUCUGAAUUUGUGAAGGAAUUGGAAGCUCUUCAUGUGAAGCUUAUAUCACGACAACUUCGUAUAUACAAAGAGUCUCUGGACAGCAAGUUUGGUUUCAUCGACUAUGAGAUCCUCUCCACGGAUCAACUAGAGAUGCCGAAAAAAUUGAAGCUUCAUCGCCUAGUCAUUGACUGGAUUCACCAAGACUUAAUGUCAUCACUUCAAUCGGUCGGAUGCAAAGUUCGAAUCGCACAGCCACUACACUGCUGCUCUUCAAAGAAGUUUCUCGAUUCACUGGAUAAGCACUGUAAAAUUACCACUCCGGAAUACACCGAGGACCCCCAAAAGAUCAAAACAUUUAUAUUAUCGCGCGUCAAUUUCCUAAAGCGUGAGAAAUGCGAUGCGAGCUCAGCGAAGGCUGAGAGUUCCUGCCAGACCCUCAACGAGGCUUCGCAAUGCGAGGCAGAAACUGGAGAAGCCGUAGUGGCGACCUUUUCGGUUUCUAGUCUAACCGCUAAAGAAAUUAUCUGGCUGAAGCGAUCACUUUUACAAUUUCCGCCGUUUUUGGUUGCGAAUGGUGACCUGUCAACAGCACAUGCUGAUCAAAUACUUCUUUUAAAGUUUUUCCAGCAGGCACUUGCACCUAUUAUAGGCGUCUGUGUAAGUAGUGUGUCGGAUACAGUCGAGAUCGGCAAAGGGGAUAAGUAACAAAAGGUAAUCUAAAGUGUAAUGACGAAACGACAUUAAAUAUUUUGGGGGGUGCAUUCUCACUUUUUUAGGCUGAA